AUGACCAAAUACAACAACUGCACCAGUUUUCUCUUCAACUCUCACUCAGGACUCUGCACACCUGGCGCCUACAUUAACGAGAAGCAGCCGCUUCCGAGCUCUGAGGAGGGGGAUUUUUUCCAAAGCUUCUAUUGUGACGCCUCCAAAAACUUCAGUGUGUUAUCUUACCUGAAAACUACAGCCUGUCUGGCUUUGUUUGGACCAAAAACUUACAUGGAGGCAGAUGCAGACUGCCAGAGUAAGGGCGCCUACCUGAUCUCCGUGAAAACUUUAGAGAAAUACAAGCUGAUGCUCUUUAAUCUCACCGGUGUAAGAAAUAGCUGGAUUGGAUGCGAUGAUAAAGAAAGCGAGGGCAGAUUCAUCUGGAAGGAGGACGGGCAAGUGUUGACCAAGGAAGAAUAUGGCCUGUUUGCCCCUGGGGAGCCCAACAAUUACCGAGGCGCUGAAGACUGUGUAACUAUUCUAAACUCCGCUGUAGGUUUAUUUGACUACAACUGCUCGUAUUCUCAGUACUAUGUGUGCGAAAUGCCCUAUAGGGUCUAG